AUGAAGGAAGAGAACCCUAACCUUCCAUGGGAGAUGAUACGCGAGAUUUUUUCAUGGCUGCCAACAAAAUCAUUAGGCCGAUUCAGGUGUGUAUCUAAGCCAUGUCGUUCCUUCAUCUCCGAUCCCAACUUUGCUAAAAUCCAGCUUAACAGAACAAUUGACAAUAAGCACAUUUUGUUCCAAAGACGGAGACUUGUAUUUACUAAUGAAAAACGUCAUUCCAUUUACUCUUGUAACCUUGAUGAACUUCUCAAUCAAGACAGUCGAUUUCUGGAUGAUGGAGAAAGUAUUACUGAGAAUAUCGGUAAAAGUGUUGUGGUUAGUAAUCUGGACUAUGUUCAUCCUGAACAGUCCAGUCCUGAUGGGUUGCCGUUGCCGAAUUUCUGGGUCUUGAUUUCUUACUGCAAUGGGUUAGUGUUGUUCAAGUUAAAUGGACAAGAGUUAUAUCUGGUCAACCCAGCAAUAAGGGAAUAUAAGAAACUGCCCAAGCCACCAUCUUUUAACACACUAAGUCUUUUCGGGUUCGGUUUUGAUCAUGCCAGUGAUGAUUACAAAGUGGUAAAUGGGUGGUCCGUGAAAGAUGAGAUCGAGUUUGCUGUCUAUUCAUUGAAAACCGGUUUUUGGCGAGUGAUUGAAAGGCGGUUUCCCUACAAAGCUAUGUUCUGUUUUAUUGGCUUCAUGCUGAAUGGAGGCGUGCAUUGGUUGGUGAAGAUAGCCCAAGGUGACUCGUGGGUGAUUAUAUCUUUCCUUUUAGCAGAGGAGGAGGUUCGAGAAAUUCCAGUACCAUUUACUUCUUAUAAGCCACUACACUAUAAACUGGGUGUCUUCGGGGAAUUUCUGUGCAUAGCAGAUUGGGUUUCUUCUCAUGUAGAUGAACAAUAUACUGACUUUUGGGUUAUGAAGGAAUAUGGAGUCAGGGAGUCUUGGACUGAAAAAAGGUUGCAGAAGCAACAACGAGCAAACAAGUAUGGGAUACACUCAGUACAAUCUACAAAGGAGUAG